AUGAAAAGCCCAAACCUGAACUCGUGCCUCGGCGUGGCCUCAACAGUUUUGCAGCAUACUUCUACUCGACUGCCUCUUGAAGGCAAGUUGGCUCUCAUUACUGGCGCUUCAAGAGGCAUUGGUGCAGCGAUAGCGCGCAACUUGGCUUCCAAAGGAUCUUCUAUAGCACUUAACUUCACCUCAGAUAGCUCAGCCGCUCAUUGCGAAGCAUUACGGAAAGAGCUCGAAUCUCAAUACCCUGUCAAGUGUCUAUCCGUCAAAGCAGAUAUCGGCACUCCUUUUGGCCCGGCUUCCCUCGUUGAAGCAAUCAAGAGUCAUUUCAAUCAUACUUCAAGCCAGCCUUUUCAAAUUGACAUCGUAAUCAACAAUGCUGGCGUUGCAAGCAAUGCGACCAUUGAGGAAUUCAAGGUCGAAGAAUUCGAAAGGAUGUAUCGAAUCAAUGUCCUAGGCCCUUUGUUGUUAAUGCAAGCUGUUUUGCCAUAUCUGCUACCCGACAGGAGUGGCCGGAUAGUGAACCUCUCAUCCAUAUCUUCAACAGAAGGAUUUACUGGCCAGUCCGUCUACGGCGGGACAAAAGCCGCACUCGAAGCAAUGACGAGAACAUGGGCAAGAGAGUUAGCGGAGCGUUGUACCGUCAAUGCGAUUAAUCCAGGUCCUGUGAAAACAGACAUGUGGGAUCGGAUGCCGCCUGAGCAUCGUGGUGGGCUGAGGCCGUGGACUUCGCAUUCCCCUUUGGCUGCCGUACGCGAGGGUGUUGACGAGGAGGACUUGGUUCGAGAUGCAAGUUUCGUUGCUGGGAUUGUGGCAAUGCUUUGCUCCGAAGACAGUGGCUGGUGUACGGGGCAGGUUGUUUGCGCGAAUGGUGGCAUGCGUAUGGCCAUUUGA